UGGUCAUACAUAAUUCGCCGAGAGUUCGUCAGAAAAUUUUGAAAUCUCAUAAAGUUCUUUUUGGUGGAUUCGUUCCGCCACAUUUCGAUCCAAUUGUUAUCACAUUUUCUCGCAUUUCAAAUGUAGAGACUCGCAAACUUUUGCUCACUCUACAGCAUUUCAUUUUGCCAUACUUGUUGGAGUCUCGUCCUUGCGAACAGAAGCUAUGGAGUUCACCGAGUCUUACAAGCAGACUGGACCCUGCUGUUUCUCCCCCAACUCCCGCUUCAUCGCUGUCGCCGUCGAUUAUCGUCUCGUUGUUCGCGACACCCUCUCCUUCAAGGUUGUGCAGUUGUUUUCAUGUCUGGACAAGAUAAGCUACAUUGAAUGGGCACUGGAUUCUGAAUACAUUCUUUGUGGUCUAUAUAAAAGACCAAUGAUACAGGCAUGGUCAUUGACACAACCUGAAUGGACGUGCAAGAUAGAUGAUGGUCCAGCGGGCAUUGCAUAUGCCAGGUGGAGCCCUGACAGCCGUCACAUAUUGACCACAUCAGAUUUUCAACUACGGUUGACAGUUUGGUCCUUGGUAAAUACAGCAUGUGUACAUGUGCAGUGGCCAAAGCAUGCUUCCAAGGGAGUUUCAUUCACCCAAGAUGGGAAAUUUGCAGCAGUUUGCACUCGAAAAGAUUGCAAGGAUUACAUCAAUCUCAUUUCUUGUCAUACAUGGGAGAUUAUGGGUACUUUUGCUAUUGAUACUCUGGAUUUGGCAGAUAUUGAAUGGUCGCCAGAUGAUAGUUCGAUUGUGGUCUGGGACUCGCCUCUUGAAUAUAAGGUUCUAGUUUACUCUCCGGAUGGAAGGUGCCUAUAUAAAUAUCAAGCAUAUGAAAGUGGACUUGGUGUAAAAAGUGUUACAUGGUCUCCUUGUGGACAGUUUUUAGCUGUUGGUAGUUAUGACCAAAUGUUGAGAGUUUUAAAUCAUUUGACAUGGAAAACUUUUGCUGAGUUCAUUCAUGUUUCUACCGUGCGUAAUCCCAGUUGCCCUGCUAUUUUUAAGGAGGUGGACGAACCAUUGCAGCUUAAUAUGUCGGAAUUAUGUCUCAAUGAUGAAUUUAUUGAAGAGAAUUCUGAAGACUCUACAGAAGGACACUUCAGGGUCAGAUAUGAUGUUACAGAAGUACCUGUCACUUUGCCUUCCCAGAAACCGCCUGCAGACAAACCAAACCCUAAACAAGGCGUUGGUCUAAUGUUGUGGAGCAAGGAUAGCCAAUACAUCUGCACACGCAACGAUAGCAUGCCGACUGCACUUUGGAUUUGGGACAUUCACCAUCUAGAACUGACAGCCAUCUUGGUGCAGAAAGAUCCUAUCCGAGCAGCAGCUUGGGACCCAACAUGCACACGUCUUAUUCUCUGCACCGGUAGCCCGCAUCUGUACAUGUGGACCCCCUCAGGUGCUUACUGUGUCAACGUCCCUCUAUCGGAGUUCGCCAUAACCGACCUGAAAUGGAAUUCAGAUGGUAGCUGUCUUCUCCUCAAGGACAAAGAUUCGUUCUGUUGUGCUGCUGUGCCUGUUCUACCAGAAUCCAGUGAUUGUAGUUCAGAUGAUUGAUGGUUCUUCCUUCUGAAAUGGUACUUUCUUACCUUCCAUGUGAUUGAAGUUAGAAAUCAAGAGCUUUUGAUUGGUGGAACAGUUGAAGAUCUCUCUUUGAAAAAUUUAAACACAGGUCUAUAUCAGAAUUUGGAAGAUGUAAAUGAGUAUGAAGGUGAAGCCUCCCAUUUGUUGCAAGUGAGAUACAAAUUUAGCUUAGGUUCUGUAGGAUUCCUCAUAUUGGAGUUGUAUUAUUAGGAGGGAAGAUCGGUUGUGUUAAGAGUAGCGUUGUAUCUGUAGCUCUUCAGAAUCAGAGUAAUCUAACAUUGUAUCACGCUGUACAUUUUGCACUAAUUUUUGCAUGUUUAAAAUUUUUUCCCUUUUAAUU